CGUCCAGUUCCUGGCUCUUCAUUGGCUAGGAGAGAAGCAGCUGACAGGAGUCGGUGGCCAAGCAGCGGAGUGGAAGAGGAUGGCUUUCCCCGCCGGGACCCAGUUGAUUCUCCCCGAGACUCCCAGCAUGAAAAAAGCAGUGUCUCUCGUUAAUGCAGUAGAUACUGGAAGAUUUCCUCGAUUGCUCACUCGAAUUCUUCAGAAACUACACUUAAAGACUGAGAACAGUUUCAGUGAAGAGGAAGAAGAAAAACUGCAAGUUGCCUUUUCACUAGAGAAACAAGAUCUUCACCUGGUUCUUGAAACAAUAUCAUUUAUUUUGGAGCAGGCUGUUUAUCACAAUGCGAAACCAGUAGUCCUGCAGCAACAAUUAGAGAACGUUCAUCUCAGUCAAGACAAAGCUGAAGCAUUUGCCAAUGCUUGGGCUAGUAUGGGUCAAGAGACCGUCGAAAAGUUCCGACAGAGGAUCUUGGCUCCCCAAAAGCUUGAGACAAUUGGAUGGAAGCUUAACCUUCAAAUGGCUCAGUCUAAUCAAGCAAAGCUGAAAUCUCCUCAAGCUGUGUUAGAACUUGGAGUGAGCAAUGAAGAUUCAAAGUUCGUUUUACAGAUAAGGAAACUGAGGCAAACAGGAUGAAAUGACUUGCCCAAGUGUCACACAGCUGGCAUCUGAUGCCUGAUUUGAACUCAGGAAGAUGAAUCUUCCUGACUCUAGGCCUGGUGCUCUAUUCACUGUGCCACCUACUAAACACAGAACCUGGCACAUAAUCACCAUUUAAUAAAUGUUUGCUGAAUGUGUGAAUAAAGUGAACGUGAUAGAAAAUACUGUGUUUUUUGGUGUCUGCUGAACGUUGCUCCCAAUUUCAGUGCCCUAUUCUAAGUAAAAUGUUGGGAAGCCUUUAUAAUUAGGACUAUUCGACAAAGGUGUGGAAGUAUGGUUAUACAAACAAGAUAAAUUAAUGAGAAUAAUCAAGGUACAGAUGGUAGGGAUGGGUGCAUUUGUUUUUGUGAAUUCCACAUUUGCACAGGAAAUUAAAGUAUCAUGUGCAUACAAAUUGCAAUUCAUGGUCACAUUUGCACAGGGAUAUCACAGUAUUUUAUCACAGUUAUGGUAGAGUUCUGGGUACAUUUAAUGGAUUAACAUAUCACCUUAUAGCUUGUCUUAUUUAUUGAUGCAGAACAACCUUAACAAACCCCCCUGAAAACGUCUCCCUAUUGUGGGAAGAGGGAUAGAAUGGGCACGUCACUAAAAUAUGUAAAACGUGUCUUCCUAGUUGAAUUUUGGAUGAUAUAUUACACAUAUACAUUCUCUAAUGCAAACCCACAAUGGAAAUAUGGCAGCGAAUAGAAUUUGCCUUUUAUUGUGUUAAUAAAACAGACCAUUAAUUAUAUAUGUUCUGGGUGGUGGCAUUUUUAUCUUUUUCUUUUGUUUAACAUUAAAAAAUGAUUGCUUGCUUCAAAAGUAGAUGUGCUUUAAACAAUAAUCAGCUGUUGUAAGCACAUUCAUCAUUUUGAAUAACUUCUUUUUACUUACCUCCUUUCAUAUUGAACAGAAACCCCCACCAAAGGCAUGAACGGCCUGAGGUAACGGAGGCUGAAUGGCACUAACUGAAUAGCAGAGCCCUAGUCAGGGAGGGACCUGUAGGUAUCCUUUGCUUUGGCCUUCUGACUCAUGGGAGGGAAUCUGUAGUCCUCAGACUUUGACUUCUUACUGAGGGAAAAGAAGCCUUUGAGGAUUAGGAAUUAGAGUGAAGCUGCUGCUGUCAUCACCGAUCUUGGCGAGGUUCUAGUCUGGAGGCUGUUCACUCGCCGUCCAUGAUGGUCCCAGGCCCUUCUUUCUUCCAGAGCUUUGGUUUGAGCUCUUGGGAGGGGGUACCGCACUGGUGCCAGCCCCCCCCC